CCAUCCCUCCCCUUCGCCUCGCCUCGCCUCUCCCCACCCGCCGCUAAACCCACUGCCCCACGCCACCACCCACCUCGCCGCCGACGAAGAGCAAGGAGGCGACGAGCGAGCCUACGAACGGAGACGAUGAAGGUGGUGCGGAACCUCGACCUGGAGCGGUACAUGGGGCGGUGGUACGAGAUCGCGUGCUUCCCGUCGCGGUUCCAGCCCAAGGACGGCACCAACACGCGGGCCACCUACACGCUGGCGGCCGACGGCGCCGUGAAGGUGCUGAACGAGACGUGGACCGACGGUCGCCGCGGCCACAUCGAGGGGACGGCGUACCGCGCCGACCCGGCCAGCGACGAGGCCAAGCUCAAGGUCAAGUUCUACGUGCCCCCGUUCCUCCCCAUCUUCCCCGUCACCGGCGACUACUGGGUGCUCCACGUCGACGACGCCUACCAGUACGCGCUCGUCGGCCAGCCCUCGCUCAACUACCUCUGGAUCUUGUGCAGGCAGCCGCAUAUGGACGAGGACGUGUACAACCAGCUGGUGGAGAGGGCCAAGGAGGAGGGGUACGACGUGAGCAGGCUCCGGAAGACGGCGCACCCUGACCCGCCGCCGGAGAGCGAGCAGACCACCGGCGACCGCGGGGUGUGGUGGAUCAAGUCCCUCUUUGGCCGGUAGAGGCAACCGCGCCAGCGAAUCCAUCAAGCUCGCCGCCGUCCAGGGCUUGAUGCCACCUCGCUUGUACAUUACUUGUUUCAGUUCAAGCCGUCAAGCUUGUAGUUUGUUCGUCGCCGCUGUCAAUGCCUGUUCGUUGCUCGGAUGUUCGUUAUUGUGAUGAACUUUGGAUAUCUGCAAAGGCUCUAUCGUGUUUCUAAAUAAAAUAAGGAUGAACUGUACUACCAUGCACGACGAGCUAGGUAAUUAACACAGUCUCUCUUUCCGUU